GAGUUAGCUGUCCACUCGUUUUUUUAUUCAAUUUCUCUUCUCUUCUUCCGCGAGUUUUCCAGAGCUUCAACGAAGGGGGAGAGAGAAGGAAGACCUGUUCACAUAAAAUUCUGAAAAAAGUUAAGGUUUCAGUUUCCUUUUGAUUGUAUAUUUUCCCUGUGAUUUUCUCGGAGAAGUGGCCAAAAUCACAGAUUCUUGGAAGCAUUUGUUUUACGCUAGUGAAUUUGGAGAUUUAUUUUUUGGUUUACAUUACGCUUGGAGAGAUCUGGGAGUUUGCGGGGAAAGAAUCGAAGAUUUUGCGUUUCAUUUCUUUUUCUUCUUCUUUACAUUGCCUUUGGUAAGACGCCAUUGCUGGUGAAGGUGAAGAGUUUCCGUUUCUUUUCUUUUUUUCAUUUUAAUUUUAUUUGUAAAUCGCGUGAACGUAGGAAUUGGGAUCCUAUAAUGCUGGGAUCGGAGUCGUAGAAACGUAACGUUUUGUGAAAAAAUACAGAUCGCUGACUUUUCUUGAGAUCUAAAACAAGCCUUCAUAAAUAUUCAUUAUCUUUAUUUUUAGUAAAAGAAAAGAUGAUGAGAAUGAAGACUAAAGCGACAGGGCUGUCGCCGGUGACGAAUGGAGGAGGCUCUGCUUUUAGCGGUGGCGUUGAACCGGUUGCUCAGGAUUGGGAGCUUAGACCUGGAGGCAUGCUGGUUCAAAAGGACUCCGGUCGAAACUCCAUCCCGCCACCGACUAUUCGAGUUAGAGUCAAGUACCGUUCCAUCUAUCAUGAAAUCAGCAUUAGUUCUCAAGCUACAUUCGGGGAGUUGAAGAAGAUGUUGACAGGGCCAACUGGACUACACCAUCAAGACCAGAAGCUGUUGUAUAAAGACAAAGAGAGGGAUUCCAACGCGUUUCUCGACAUGGCUGGUGUGAAGGACAAAUCGAAACUCGUUUUAACCGAAGACCCAAUUAGUCAAGAGAAAAGGAUAUUGGAGACGAGAAAGAAUGCUAAGAUGGAGAAAGCUUCUAAAUCUAUCUCUGAAAUCAGCUUGGAAAUUGAUAGUCUUGCUUCUCAGGUGUCAACCCUUGAAACGAUCAUUUCUAAAGGUGGGAAAGUAGCAGAGAAAGAUGUGAUUAGUUUGAUUGAGCAGUUGAUGAAUCAAUUGCUUAAAUUAGAUGGGAUUAUGGCUGAUGGAGAUGUCAAAUUACAAAGGAAAAUGCAGGUGAGAAGAGUUCAAAAAUAUGUCGAAACAUUGGAUACGUUGAAGAUCAAAAAUGCUAUGCCUAACACCAAUGGAGGACAAACGGAAACUCAAAAUCAAAAUAAGCAUUCAAAUGCUCGGAAACUAGCUCCGGUACAAGAGCAGCAAUCUAGGCGUUUUAACGGGCAAAAACUGGCACCAAUUCAAGAGCAGCAAUCAAGCAAUUCAGUUUCCCAUUUGCCUGUACACCAACAAUACCAGCAACAGCAGCAGCAAUCAGCAUCGGGGUCCGUCGUAGUCACCACGAAAUGGGAGACAUUCGAUUCAUCGCCGGUAUCCACAUCUACAUCAACCGCCAAUAAUUCAGCCCCACCGAAGUUCCCUUGGGACUUCGACUAAGCAGUAUGCUACGUCUCUGUUCUUUUCUUCGUUUUUCCUGUGUGAAUGUGCUUUGGGUGUUCUUCUUCUUCCUGUACUUAGAUUUUCUCGAGCAACCCUCUAUAUUUUUUUCUCUUUAAUCUGUCAUUAAGUUCAUAAAAAUAAAACGGGGGCUUCCAUCAUUUUAGUUAAGAACCUAUUAUUUGUAACCUAUUGUCGUUGAAUUCAUUUCCCAGUUUGUGUACUGCCCUCUUUUGAUGGUGACAAACAUAUGUAUAUUUGUAGACUUUGUUAAUUGAAAAGAUACUACCCUCUAGGGUUUUUAAACCCUUGUUUGCCUAA